UGCACAUAUCAGCCAGGGGCGGGCCGAACAGCUAGUGUGUGGGGGUGUACACUGGACAGACGCAUAGGUACACAAUCUCUCUCCCUCGUCCGUCAGGCGCCCAGGUGGUCAGUGUAACAUGAUCAAUGCAAGCCUGCCCUGUAGCACCGCUCGACGCCCGGUGAGUACGCAUCAUGUUCGGCUUGAGGGACAAAGGAGCUCCUGUCAGUCGGUUCAGAUUCCAAUUGUCGGUAGAAGCAUAGCACAGAUCGUGGCGUUCCUGGUGGCGCGCCGGUGAGACAGGGCUAGCCUUUGUCGUCCGAGUGCAUCGUGAAUAGGCGAGCAUUUUCAAACCAAGGCAUCCUACGCACCAAUCCUGUCGAUCGUUUUACUGAUGCCCCGGCAUUUCCUCGCCGUUGCUCUCCAAGAGGUGAGGCGGACAGAGAUAGCUCGAGACGUAAAUGUGAUCAGCACUGUCUUUCUGAGCCAGCAGGCCACAGUUACGCUGAUGGACGUGAGCUGACUCCUUCUAUUGACUGCAGAUCUUGCGGCCGGGUCGUCUUAAAAGUCCAUGGUGUUCGGAGUAUGAGUGACUUUGCUGCCAUUAUUGCUAUAGCAGGGGUACGCCGAAAGCUGCAUCAGUUUCCUUGUGACAAUGCGAGAUUCCAAUUCGCAGUUGUUCAGAUAUGAUAAUGACGAGACUGGCAUCGUAUUGUCUCCCUGAACCUCUCGAGAGACCAAAUGGCACAAGACAUCGGGUUCGUUCCCCGUGUUAGCCUGAAAAAUCCAGAAACACGAGGCUGGUUGCCAGGGGGCGGUUGGCAUGUCCAUUUGGAAAGAUGAAUCAUCGUCGCCGUGCGGGUUGCCGUACCCAGCGGCAACGCACGGCCCAGGCAAGAUUAGCAGCCAUGAGCGUGUUAUGGAUACCACUGAAAGCGAACCACGAGACCCAGGAAGAGGAACCAGGCCAUUCAUGGAAACGUCAUGGAAUUGGCACAGGCCGCUCAAACUUGUGAUGGUGGGCUCGUGUUGACCUUACCUAGAUUGAGAUACCUAAAGGCACGACUGUACUAUCUUCAAGUUGGCUGCUCACUGGGCAGACCACGCGUCUCCGAUCGAAGACCGCCUGAAUGAGGCGCCCGCUCGCUAAUGCUGGGCCGCUGCGCCGCCGGCAUGACGCGAAAAGGGUGGUUUCGGCCAAAACCAUCCCAUUUGCGAAGGUGACAACCAAGUUGACCUGAGGCGGGCGGGUGCCACGGGAAGGUCGAGGCAAAGAGGAGUGAAUGCAACCGUGCACCAGGCUGGCAUGGAGGAAAGAUGCUUAACGGAGACUAGUAUGACCUGAGCAGGGCUCAUUCCGCGCUGGCCGAAGCGUUCAAUGGCUCGUGUGUACCGGGGUCGACCGAUCUUUGACGAGGAUGAAUGGAUGGAAUCAGGUUAUGUCGACUUAAUUACCCAGUCAGAUUGUGGCAAAACCCUUCCAGAACGAGAAUGUGCCUAGAACUAGAGCAGUCAUCCGUUCGGCAGGCUUGAAGGAUGGUCAUCAGAUGUCGUGGGAGAGAAACCACGCUCUACUUUGAGUCGUGCUCGCUCCAUAGGGACAGGCUGCCACCGGCCGAGGAGGGGCGAUGCAGGAUCUUCAGACCAGCAUUGGGAACCUAAAGGUAGUAAUGAUCGAGGGUCUGAUGGUCAACGGUAGCGCCGCCCACAGAUCUUUGUUCAUCUAGCAAUUGCUCUUCCUGCUCGUCUUCUAUCGCAAACCCAAUGCUGUGGCUCCUGAGACUGCGAAGCUUGCAGCCCCGGAGGAUGUUCACAUCGUGGGUUCUGCGGACCGAGGAUGGACAGUAACGGCCAGGACACGAAGUACGACUCGAAGAGGACUGAGCAUGGCCAACUGCAAAGCGCUAGUAAACAAAUGGCCCGGGUCGGCAAGUCGUGGGAUCGAAGAAGCUGAGGCCUUGCAGGGAUUCCCGCCACCUAGCAGGGAUCUCUCGCUGACGGUGGAGCAGAUGACCAGUCUGAAAACGAACGGAGACAGACAUCAUGAACAUGUCAGUGACUCUGGCGGCCUAGAGGCAACAGAAGGAGCGACGACAAUUGGCCGAGGGAGUAUGCGAGGAGGAGCAUAUGCACAUCGACGUGAGUGGGCAGAAUGGAAAGAAACGCGACGCGUAAAUUCGGACAGAUGAACAACAGUCGCAUUCGCGUGGGAUUGAUGAAGUGAGAUGAGCCAGAUGGAACUGUGGCAUACUUUUGAUCGAGCUCGAUACCUGCGGCGCAGCGGCGGAUAUCCAGGCAUACCAGGUAAUAGUGACCUGCCCCGGUGCAAGCCCACCCCGCGCCUGGAGGAGGUAAGGUACAGUACUAUUACUGGCAGGAGCUGUCGAGUUCUUUGAUGCCUACAACCUCAGGCUACAGUUGUAUACUGCGCUGAGCAUCCCUCACAGAGGUGCUCUGGGCGCCGCGGCAAAGCACUGCAAGGGGUUUAACUAAAAAAGCCGACGGAGCAUACCUGGGUAGGGAGGCCUCUGUCCUACUCGGGCCAGUGGUGCUUACCAGUAGUAUACCGUGGGACCUACUGUACAGUACCAUGAGAUCCGUACAAUGGUAGAUGCUCUCGAGAUGGGGGCAGCAAAGAGCGGCAACCUGAUGAUGAUACCUGUAAAUCAGACACAUUAUUCUACGCCUACACCACC